CCAAAACCCACCAGAAGCCUCUGUUUCUCUUUCAUCGUUUCACGCUGCGAAAAUGGUCGAUUUAGAUUGGACAGCAAAGAGAGCCACGACAAGUACCUCCGACAUGUCCAGGAAGUCGCCCAGGCUCUCCAACAAGCUCCACCUGCUGAUCCCCACGCCGUUCCGCGCCGGCUCCGACGUUCCCGCGGCCUCCGACUCCGCUUCCUCCGCUUACGAGUAUUACCUGCGGCUCCCCGAGCUGAGGAGGCUAUGGGCCCGCAGAGAGUUCCCCGACUGGAAGUCCGAGCCUCUGCUCACGCCGGCCCUGCAGGCGCUCGAGAUCACCUUCCGGUUCGUCUCGACCGUCUUGUCCGACCCCAGGCCGUACGCGAACCGGCCCGAGUGGAAGCGCCGGCUCGAGUCGUUGGCCGCGACCCAGAUCGGGCUCAUAGCGGCCAUCAUCGAGAACGAGGAGGACGAGGCGGAGACACGCGGCGGCGCCCCGAUCGCGGACUUGAGUUCGGGUCUCGGCGUACUGGCCCGCGACGGCAGCUCGGCCGAAGUCUGGCGGCUUCCCGGAGGAGAGGCCGCGGCCACGGUGGUGAGCCGCUCGAGCGAAACCAGCCUGCUGCCCAGGCUGCUGACGUGGCAGACGUCGGAGGACGCGGCGCAGAAGAUCCUGUACACCAUCGAGUGCGAGAUGAGGCGGUGUCCGUACACGCUAGGCCUGGGAGAGCCGAACCUGACGGGCAAGCCGAGCCUGGAAUACGACGCCGUUUGCAAGCCGAGCGAGCUUCACUCGCUCAAGAAGAAUCCGUACGAUCACCAGAUCCAGAAUCGCGAGAAUCAGAACCUCUACACGUCGCACCAAAUCCUAGAGUCGUGGAUCCAAACAUCGAACGAGCUCUUGAAUCGCAUCGAGGAACGAAUCGAGAGCAAGAGCUUCGAGAUGGCUGCGACCCACUGUUACUUGCUCGAGAGGACGUGGAAGCUAAUGACGGAGAUCCAAGACCUUCACCUGUUGAUGGAUCCGGAGGAUUUCCUCCGGCUAAAGAACCAGCUAGACCUCCGGAGCGAGACGGCCGCGUUCUGCUUCCGUUCGAGAGGGCUCGUCGCGAUGUCGAGAAAGUGCAGAGACCUGAAGCACAAGGUGCCGUACAUCCUCGGCGUCGAGGUGGAUCCGACGGGAGGGCCGAGAGUGCAGGAGGCGGCGAUGAGGUUAUUCAGCGGCGAGAAGAUGGCCCAGUACGCGAAGGUCCAUCUCCUGCAAGCGUUGCAGGCGAUCGAGUCGGCGAUGAAGAGGUUCUACUUCGCGUACAGGCAGGUGCUCGUGGUCGCGGUGGGGAGCUUGGAGGCGACGGCGAACCGAGCGGCGAUGAGCCUCGAGAGGGACGACUCGCUGAGUCAGAUGUUCCUGGAGCCGACGUACUUCCCGAGUUUGGACGCCGCGAAGACGUUCCUGAGUGACUCGUUGAGUCGGGAGCGUAAUCCGACGUCGUGACCGAUGAGCGAGGGAAGAAAGGUGGAAGGGUUCGCGAGUUUGACUUGGAACGAGACGGUCAACUCGUUCAAACACGUUGUUGCGUCGUCAAAAUUUGAUUGACUUUUUGUUCCCAUAAAAAAAAAAACAUUGGUAGAAUUCUCUUUUUUUUCUUUUUUGGCAUUUGAAAUGGGAUAGAGAUCGAUUAUUCAUUCGUUGUA